UCUCCAUGGAGCCGGGCAGCGGCCCCGGCGGCGUGGCUGCCGCUGCAGCAGAAAUCAAAGGCAGAAGAGAAAACGAAGUUUGGUAUUUGAAAAUAUCAAAACUAGCAUUGGCUUUUGCAAUUAUCCACUCAAAACCACCAGGGAAGAGUUGCAAAGAAUACACUGAGCAUCUUGCCAAAACUGUGUCUAAACGAGAUUUUGGAUGGAAAUCGAAAGUUGAAGUGCUGGAAGCUGAAGUUCUUAGAUUACGUCAGGAGCUUCUUUUGAACAAGAUCUGUCCCAGGUUCUGCUUGGAAAAUGGAAAACCAGAUGCCUCUGCUGAAACUCUUCUGGAUCAGGAAUUCAUAAACCCUGUGAGUUACUCAAGCCAGCUAGAAGACUCUGGAUGUGAUGUCUCUAAUGACUAUGCAUUCGAUUCUUUAGGCAUAGCUUCUGAUUUUCACCAAUCUGAACAUAACGUUGACACUUCUAAAUGCUUGUUGGAAAGAGUUCCCCCACUGAGUCUGUGCAGUACUAGCAAGGAGAAGUCUUUGACUGCUCCAGUGCAGUUUUUGCAACAUCUGCUUGAAAUAAGAAAACUGUCAGAAGAAGGAAUCCUUCAAGCAGACUUCACAGAGCUUGAGAAUGAUUCUUUCACCAUACGCAAUUCAGUGUCUCAGUUGCUUGAUGGACUGACUGUUUUUUACAACAGUCCUAAAUUUCCAGUUUCAGAUUUUCUUACUGAAGCAGUUUCUGUUUUGAUCAGUUUCAUAACUAAUAAUAAAUUAUCUAACCAUGUUUUGAAGAAGUGCUUCAAGAAGCUGGAAGAAUUUAAGAAAAAUCUAGUACAGAUUAUUUUAAGAAACAGCAGUGUCAAUAGGUUUCAGGCACUGCAUGCUGUAUCACACACACUGGUUUUGCUAGGAAGGAACAACAUACUAAGGAAUUCUUUAAUAUCUCUUCUACUAUCAGAAGUACGUAAGUUUGCUGAGCAGCUGUUGCAGGCUCAACAGAUCCAGACCAUGUAUGAUAUUACCCAGUAUGAGAAUAUUUUUCCUUUGUGCAUGAUUCUGGAACAGCUUCUUCAAAAUGAGACAGAAGAAAGUAAUGUUUCAAGCACAGACUAUGAUGGAGAAGAAAAAAUCAAAUUUCUGGAGAACCUUGAUCAAAUUAUUCUUUGUCUCUCAGAUGAAUUCCCUUUGUUUUCUUUGUUUUUAUGGAGAGUGAAUGUUCUUUUGAACUCUGCUCAAAUUCAAAUUGAUUAAAACAAGCAGCCUACUUUCUAACAGUGCAUUUGUUACAGGAUUGCAUUGGAAAUUUUUGAGCCAGACAGGAAAAUUGUCAUUAUUGGAAAACAUUUACUUUAAACUGCUGUGCUAUUCAGCAGUUUCAGAGAUAAUGCAAUUUAUUUCCAAUUUUAAAUACAGAAAAAAUGUAAUAAUCCAGAUGCUGCUUCGAAUAAAUAGUUUCUCAUAUUGGAAAACAAUAUGUUGCUGUUUGCAUACAAAGUAAAGAUGGCAACAAAGGAAGUUGUUUCAAGUGAUGUUUAAAAUAAGCACUAUGAAUUUUAAAGUUAAGACUUAAAGGGUGUAUAGAGCUUCAAAGUUAGGAAAAUAAUGCCUGUCUUUUAAGAGUUGUAUAGCUUCUCUGUGCUUUAGAGACAAUAGUUGGUUGGCAGAAAUAAAAAUGUUUAUUUUUAAACUUGGUAACUUAUCACCAAAAAUUCUUACAGGGCAGACUUAGUUUCUAAUUUAAUCGAAAGAGUCCUUGCCUGAGCAAAAUAAAAUCUGGUGCUCAGUUUUGCAGCUUUCUUACAUUGAUUGUGUACUGUUUGGCUUUACCUGUGUAUGCACAAACAUAGGCAGCAUAGGCCUAAUUCACUCAGAGUUGAUUAAUGAUUUCAAAGAUCUAAUCUGAAUGAAUUUAACUCUUUUAAUGAUUACUUUGAACUUUUCUGUUCAAAAUUAAUGAAUAUUGACAAAAUCCCCUUUGUAUAUUCAUGUAUCAUCUGAUUUUUAUAUUUUUAUUUCUGUGUAAUAAAAUUAUAUUCCUCAUAAUAACUGUGACAUAUUUAAACAAAAUCAUCUUAAACAUGAAGGCCUUUAAAAUCCGAGUUCAACAAUACCUUAACUGAUCCAGCAUCUGUGAUAAAUUUAGAGGGUAACUGUUCAUGAUGAACAGCAUUUUUUGUCUAAUAGUUAAACAAAAUUUUAGCUCUAUGUCUGUUAGUAGUGCAUAUUCACUGUAAAGAGAAAACCUUUUUAGUAUUAGAUCUUGUCCUUUCCCUUGCAUUUGUUUCAUCAGCUCAGUUUUUGUGUCAGCAAAAGUCUCUGAAACGUGGCUUUUAAAAAUAUUGUAAAUAAUUAAUCUUGUUAAUUUGAAUGCAUUUAUUUCAGAUAAUAAACCCUUGUUUUCUAUGUAUGUAAAAUAUAUUAAUAUU